UGAUGUGAAAAUUACAAUAAAGAAGUGCAGAAGUGAGAGCAGGACUUGUUAGAGCCUUGGUGCGCCUAUAGUUUCAGACCUGUGGAUCAGUGUCCUGACAUGCAAGCUGACCUGUUAUGGACAGAGAGCACAAAGUCAUGGAGCAGCAGCAGGCCUGCAUAGUGAGGAACUUGCUCGAGAAAUUGGAGAGGCAAGCCAAUGAGGCCAAAGAAUUUGUGAGGUUGAGAAACCAGUCAAUUAAGUACCGCGAUGACAAGACCUAUUCCAGUAAAGCAGCAGAAACUCAGGAAAACAUCAAGAAGAACAGAUAUAAGGACAUACUUCCAUUUGACCACAGCAGAGUCAAGCUCACGUUUACGACCUCUGAAGAUGACACUGACUACAUUAAUGCCAGUUUCAUAAAGGGGGUGACAGGUGCCAAGGCUUACAUUGCUACUCAGGGUCCAUUACAUAACACAGUGCUGGACUUCUUGAGGAUGGUGUGGGAGUAUGACAUAAAAGUUAUAGUAAUGGCCUGCCGAGAAUUUGAGAUGGGAAAGAAAAAGUGUGAGCGUUAUUGGCCACAUAAGGAAGAGAAGUCAUUUGUCUGUGGGCCCUUCAUCAUCUAUUGUGAUUGUGAAGAAGACAAAGGAGCCUAUCUGACAAGGACAUUAAGAUUGACAUGUGACAAUUGUCACCGAACGUUGAAACAGCUGCACUAUGUUAAGUGGCCAGACCAUGGAGUACCGGAUUUUAUUCCCUCCAUUUUGGACAUGCUGGAGGAGAUGCAUACCUAUCAGUCCCACGAUGACAUCCCUAUGUGCAUCCACUGCAGUGCUGGAUGUGGUAGAACAGGAGUCGUUUGUGUCAUCGAUUAUACUUGGAACCUUCUUAAGAAAGGGAUGAUCACUUCAGAUUUCAAUAUAUGUGACUUAGUUCAUAUCAUGAGAACCCAAAGGCCAUCUGUGGUUCAAACCAAGGAACAGUAUGAAUUAGUCUAUAGCAUCAUCAGGUUACUGUUUGAGAAAUACUUGCUUUCCAUGGAUGAACAGAGCUGCAAAAAUGAGGUAACAAUGGGAACGUCUACGAGGGAGCAAGAUGUUGGAAGUGAGGACACACAACUCGAGAGCAUCUGCGAUGAGGAAAUCAACAACACCUGGCAGAACGAGACAAUGGUGCCUUCUGCUCCAGAGAAUAAUCACCACGAUCAACCACACAUACUUCUUGGAGGCCCAACUACCCACCAGGACGGGCAUGGAACUUCACCUAAAGCGGUCCACACUGGACAAGAAGUGAUUGCAGUGGAGAACAUGCAGCACGGCAUCAACAUUCCGAACCGUCAAGCGUCACCCAAUGCAGCAGCCGCCAUCUGUCUGAUGGUGGAGGACCCCUACUUUGACAUCCUUCCGUUUGACAAUGCAACACCUGCGAACAAGCGAUGGACCGUUGGUCCCAUCUUCAGUAAGCCCUCGUUGCCUCUGAAUGACCACACACCGAGGUCUAACUCUACUUUCGACACAGGAGCUCAUACUGAUGUAGACACACCUCCUCCUCUGCCCGAACGAACCCCUGAAUCCUAUCAACUAGCUGUUGACAUAGAACACUCCGAUUCCUCAGACAGGCUAACUGUCAUCAUUCCACCGAAUGUGAUUGCUGAGACUGUGCAGUGUGACCCGGGGGCUCCUGUUGCCAGUCAGCAAGAGGUCACACCAGUAGCAAAUCUAAACAGAAUUGGGACUUCCUCAGAGUGGUCAGGUACUUCAAAGCUGGUGGGCGACUCAUUAGAGCGAGAAACAAAGACAUGGGUGAGGAGUAAGAGUCUGAGAGCAAAAAUGACUUCCACAGAGCCACUGACUCCAGUGUGGCUGUCACCCACAUCUCCUGUUGCUGAGGGAGGAAGUGCACAAGUUGAAGGGUGUGACGUCAACCAAAUGGCCUCUGUCACUGAUGGUGGGACGACAAGAGACAAAUCAGAAAAAAACAAUGAGAAGGGCCCAUCCAGUAAAAAGAGUCUGAAAAUGUUCAGAGAUAUGCAGAAAACAAAGUCAGCGACUCCACGUCUACUGCCAUCACCUCCAAAGGGAGUCGUAACCUCAUUGUUCCAAUUUGGAUUUAGGAAAAGGUUAGGAAAGCCAAAAGGACCGAGGAAUUAUCCACAAAACUGGUUCUAAAAUGAUGUUCCUCUCCCAAAAUGAUGUCCUUCAAUAGUGUUGAUGUGUGCUGUCGCUAUUGGUCUCUCAGAGCCUCAAGCGAGACGUUUGCUGAAGUUCACAUUUUCAUCGAAAAAGGAUCAGCACAUUUCCUGUUAAUAACUUGAUGUGAAUGUAUUGUUUAUGCUUCUCACCAGUGAAUGUUAUUUCUUUUUCUGGUCAGUGCUCCACCACCAGCAAUUCAUUCACAGUGCCAGUUUUCUUUUCUUUCUUUUUUAAUUUAACUUUACUCCGAUUGCAUUUUGGAGCACCAAAUGUCUUCAAUAAAACUUUUGAAGUUUG